CACCAAUUGUAUCCUGUGCAUCUAGCAGGUGCGAACAAAGCGCAGAUCUCCUGCAAGCAAAAACUCGCGCACACGGAAUCCCGUCGCGUGCGAAUACAUCCUUGCCCACGUCGCAUACUGUUAAAACCUACCAAAAGAAUACCCUUUAGUCAACCUGCCUCUUUUAUUUUCAGUUUGUUUAGUUUUCCCUUUCUCUUGACACUGAUUAAUGAAGUUUCAGUUGAGUUCAUAUCCGCCGCAUAUUAUAAACAUUUUCCGAUGAUAGUACCAGUCCGGUAUAUGUUGUCAAUACAUGGCAGGAAUGUGCUGUGGGGGGUUCUGGGGCGGUUCCUUAUGGCGCGGAGAUGUGAUCUUGUUUCAGUUGCCGUUAUAGUUGUCCAGGCAACACUUAGGCGGGCGACCAGCGGUUUUCCAUGGGUGUCUCGCCCAAACGCCCCGGAUUUUGUAUACUAGGCGCAUACAUGUUUUAUUCUUUUAAAAUAAAACCGGUUACAUAUUAUCAUUAUUUUAUUAUUAAGACAACAAUAGAAAGCCAUUUUUUUUUUCUCUUUCUUCUUCGGUUACCUGCAUAAGGGUUUUUUCGGUUAUUGGUGAGGGAGGAGAACCGAAGACUUCAUCCCCCCGCCCAAUUCCAUCGCACCUCUGCUUCAGCAGGUGUUUGAUAUCCAAAGAUGCGAUGGAUGGACAAAGAAGACAUAGAAUAUUAAUGGUGUCUGACUUCUUCUACCCCAACUUUGGUGGUGUGGAGAAUCACAUUUAUUAUUUAUCACAGUGCCUGCUUAAGCUUGGUCACAAGGUGGUGGUUAUGACCCAUGCCUAUGGUAAUCGUUCUGGUGUAAGAUAUAUGACUGGUGGCUUGAAAGUUUACUACAUACCGUGGAGGCCAUUUCUAAUGCAGAACACGCUACCGACAUUUUAUGGGACACUUCCUAUUUUAAGGACAAUUCUUAUUCGUGAAAGGAUAUCAUUGGUGCAUGGACAUCAAGCCUUCUCAACUCUUUGUCAUGAGGCUUUGAUGCAUGCUCGCACUAUGGGAUACAAAGUUGUAUUUACUGAUCAUUCUCUUUAUGGAUUUGCUGAUGUAGGAAGCAUCCAUAUGAAUAAGGUUCUGCAAUUUACUUUGGCAGAUGUGAAUCAGGCAAUAUGUGUUUCUCAUACAAGCAAGGAAAAUACAGUAUUGCGUUCAGGAUUACCCCCAGAGAAGGUCUUUGUAAUACCAAAUGCUGUGGAUACAGCUAUGUUCAAACCUGCCCAAACACGACUCAGUUGUGAUGAAAUUGUUAUAGUUGUGAUAAGUCGAUUGGUUUACCGGAAGGGUGCAGAUUUGCUUGUUGAAGUCAUUCCUGAGGUUUGCCGCUUUUACCCAAAUGUCCGUUUCAUAAUUGGAGGUGAUGGGCCAAAAAGAGUGCGGAUUGAAGAAAUGAGAGAAAAGAACUCACUUCAGGAUCGAGUUGAAAUGUUGGGAGCUGUUCCCCAUGCUCAAGUACGGUCUGUCCUAAUUUCUGGUCAUAUAUUCUUAAACAGUUCUUUGACAGAAGCAUUUUGUAUAGCUAUAUUGGAGGCUGCUAGUUGCGGAUUGUUAACUGUCAGUACACGAGUAGGAGGUGUACCAGAAGUUCUACCAGAUGACAUGAUUGUCCUUGCAGAGCCAAGACCCAGUGAUAUGGUUAAGGCAAUUAAGAAGGCAAUACACAUACUUCCAAAGAUUGAUCCACAAGUGAUGCACCUUCGUAUGAAAAGUUUGUACAGUUGGCAUGAUGUUGCCAGGAGAACAGAAGUUGUAUAUGACCGUGCAUUGAGAUGCCCCACUGAGGAUCUUUUAGAGCGCCUUUCACGGUACCUCACAUGUGGUGCUUGGGCAGGCAAGAUAUUUUGUUUGGUCAUGAUCAUUAAUUUUUUAUUAUGGAAAUUACUGCAACUAUGGCAGCCUUCAAAGGAUAUAGAGGAGGUACCUGAUAUUGCGCUUCUCCAUGACCAACGUGAAACAACUCCAUGGGAUUCCGUUGAGGACUAAAGCAGUUGAUUGUUCAUAAAUCUCCUUAAAUGGAGUAAUUCCUAAUUUUGGUGAUGCUGAUCUUUCAGAUCAUUCAAGAUUAUGUUCUUUGUCGUACAGUUAAGGGAUUCUCUUUGGUACCCUCAAUCAGCUAAGCAUGCUGGUCCAAACCAAGGAACUUACAGGGGAUCAAUUGACAAUAUGGAGGAUUGACAUCUCCAACUAAGUCAUGAUAGUUUACACAGUCUUGUCUUGUUUUUCAUAUCAGUUGAAGACUCUCGGAUUCCUUUUUUCUUUGUUCAUAUACCAAAAAUGUAAAGCAGUUCAAUUGUAGAACUUGAUGCAUUACUAUUUUUUUCAGAAAAAUGAGAAGCAUAAAGCCACAUGGAUAUUGGAGUUGCCAAAACUGUAACUUGAAUUAUCAGCUUAUUGUCCUUAGUUGUAUA